AUGAAAGAUUUUAAUUGGUGGAUUCAGAGCUCUCUUACCUAUGUGGUCAUUCAAACAAUAUUACAAGGAGUAUUAAUGUCAGAACUACCAAAAAUCAAGAAAUUCACGUUUGAAGAGAAGAUACAAGAAGGUGAUAUUGCAUCUGUUGCAUGCUUAGUAGUAUCUACAACCAAGCCUUUAUCAUUCACAUGGGAGAAAGAUGGAGAUGUUAUUACUGAAUCGGCGAAGAAUAUAAGGAUAGACAAUAGUGGAGACUAUUCAGUUUUGAUAAUAAAUGACGUGAGUUUAAAAAGUAGCGGAAACUAUACUUGCCGAGUGAGUAACUCCUUCGGAAGUGCAACACAUACCGCAAGGCUUGAAAUAAAAGUUCCACCUAAAUGGAUUGUGACACCCAAAAACAUAGUAACUACAAUUAAUUCGGAAAUUAAUGUACAAUGCAUUGCUUCAGGCUCUCCGACGCCGAAAAUCACGUGGCAAAAGUUUCCAGAUUCAAAUUCGGCAGAAAACAGUUUCGUGCAACCGACGAGCAAAGAUCAUGGCAGUGAUGGUGUGCUAACGGUACUAUCGGUAUCGGAUGUGCAUGCUGGCUAUUAUGAAUGCGUAGCUGAUAACGGCGUGUCUCCUAAUAUCAAAGCUAAUUUUUCCAUAACAAUACGUGGUAGGAAAAUUAAGAGAGUACCAGAAAUACAGAAGUUUUUCUUCCAAGAUAACAUUGUGGAAGGUAAAGUUGUGUCUGUUACGUGUCUGGCAGUGUCAAUUUUAAAGCCCCUACAUUUCCAGUGGCAUAAAAAUGGAAAAUCCAUCGAUAAUGCCUUUAAAAAUGUCCGAAUUGAAAACAGUGCAGAAUUUUCUGUUUUAAUAUUGGACGGCGUGACUCAUGAAAGUGAAGGAAAUUAUACUUGCACUGCUACAAACUCCGCAGGAGCGUCUAAGUACUCUGCUUUCUUAAAUGUUAAAGCUCCUCCUAAGUGGUCAGUUAUACCAGCGGAUGAAGUUGUUGCAGCUGGAGAAAGACUGGUUUUGAACUGUUUAGCAUCAGGUUCCCCAACACCAAACAUAGUGUGGAAAAAGUACACUAAUCAGAACGUGAACCCAGAGAUUUUGAAUGCUAAAGAUCAAAACGAAAGAGAUGGAAAAUUAAUAUUAUCUUCUGUUUCAUAUAAAGAUGCAGGUUUAUACGAAUGUGUAGCAGAUAAUGGCGUCAACCCAAGUAUCGCUGUUAAUUUUACUGUCACAAUACGUGUUAAAAUUGAACCGUUCAGUUUUUUGAGAAGAUUCAAGAUUGGUGAAAAAGCUCAAGUAACUUGCCUUAUUGCAUCAACAAUAGAGGAUAUAGCAUUUCAGUGGUUAAAAGAUGGGUUUUCAUUAGAAGAAUCGAAUAAUAUUCGACUCAAAAGUGGCAAUGACUUUUCAAUUUUGAUUGUCGAUCCUGUCGACUUACAGAGCGAAGGAAACUAUACUUGCAAAGCAUCAGAUGGCAGUAGCUCUACGUUACAAUCUGCAUAUUUGCAUGUUGAAGCUUCUCCUAUUUGGACAAAUGAAAUUACAGAUAUAGUAACAGCUCUUGGAUCAUCGGUGCUUAUACUUUGCCGAAGUCAUGGUUCUCCAAUGCCUGUAGUAAAACUCAGAAAAAUUUCAGGGCAUCCUCCUCAAGAUUCUGUUAAUAAAUUAUCGGAAAUUACUUCUAAGAACGGCACUUUCACUUUUGCUUCCAUAAAAGCGGAUGAUUCUGGAGUGUAUAUAUGUGAAGCAAACAAUGGAGUUGGCAGUUCAAUAACCAAGAAUUUCUCUAUUACUGUGGAAGGUGGACCAAAAAUCCAACCAUUUCAAUUUCCAUCCAACGCAAAAAUCGGUGACAAAGUCACUGUCGCUUGUUCGGUUAAGUCUGCCUCGGAGAUUCCUAAAUUUCGAUGGCUUAAGAACUCCCAUGAUUUCGGUAACAUUCCAGAAAUCAGAAUUAAGAAUGACGCUGAAUUUUCCGUACUAAUCAUUGACCCUGUUCAAGAAAACAGCACUGGUAAUUAUUCUUGCAUUGCAAGUAAUAAGCUGGGAGAAGAUAUAUUUUCUUCUUUUCUUCGAGUGGAAGGACCUCCAAAAUGGUUACAUGAACCGUUUGACAUCACUGCUAGUAUUGGUGACAAAAUAACGUUAAAAUGUGAAGCAUCUGGGUAUCCGAAGCCGCAAGUUUCUUGGUUCCGUGUUACAGAUGAAAAAGAAAUCAAGGAAUUUAUUCCAUUUGAUAAAUCAUUCUGGAAUGAAUCCUUUCUUAUUAUUCCUGAAGCAAAUUCGGAACACUCUGGAACAUUUUUAUGCGAAGCUAGCAACGGUAUUUCACCAAAAUUAACUUCUAAAGCUCGGGUUCAGGUCAUAGUUUCACCAAAAAUACAGCCGUUUUAUUUCAAAAAAGGCAUUAAAGCAGGUGAUAAAGCUACAAUUUUGUGCUUAGCAGAAACAAGGUCACCAUUAACAUACUCUUGGAGGAAGGAUGGUGAACAAUUAACUGAAAAAGAUGAAAUUCGCUUUAAAACAGAUGAAGAACUGUCAAUUCUUAUUAUAGACCCUAUUCGAAGUUCCAGUUCUGGAAAUUAUACUUGCACAGUAAAAAGUAUUGAUGGAACAGACAGCUUUUCUUCAGAACUAAUUGUGGAAGCUUCUCCCACGUGGAUAAUUCGUCCAGAAAAUGUCACUGCUUUGCCAGGAACACGUCACAGCUUUCGAUGCUCUGCAAAAGGAUCACCUUCUCCAUUAAUAACAUGGAGAAAAUUAUCAAGUUUGAAUGAAAUGAAUGAGCAUAUUCCGAAAACAGUGAUCAGCAACGGAGGAACUCUUGUAUUUGAAUCAAUGAACUUAUCAGAUGAUGGAUUGUAUGGCUGUGAAGCCAAUUUGCCAAAAAUACCUCCAAUAGCGUUCCCACCGACCGUCAAAAGUGGAUGGUCAACGAAAGCUUUGUGCACAGUUGUAAAAGGAUUAAAGCCAAUUCAAUUUCAGUGGAAGUAUAAUAAUAAAGAUAUCCAAGGCUCAGAUUCAGCAGUUGUGAUAACCUCUUAUGAAGACUUUUCAGUAAUAAACAUUGAUCCUGUAUAUUCAAAACACAGUGGAAAUUACACUUGUAUUGCAAGUAAUGCUGUAGGGGAAGACAAAUUUACCGCUGUUCUUGCCGUACAUGAGCCAACGUCAUGGGUUAGAGAACCCGAAGACAAAGCAGCUUUAGAAACUGAAAAUGUUGUUCUGUUUUGCUCUGCAGCAGGGUUACCAUCGCCUCAGAUAAAAUGGUUUAAAUAUGACAGUCUUGAAAGUAAUGCUGAUGGGAAAAAGACGAGAGUUAAUACAGCAGGAAACGGUACACUAACUAUUUCAAGUAUCACUGUCAAAGAUGCUGGAAAAUAUGAAUGCGAAGCUAAUAAUGGUGUUGGAACUUCUUUAAGAAAAGUAGUGACAGUUACUGUUAAUGUUCCUGCCAAAUUUGAAGAGAAGUUUGCUGUAGUCCAUGCCAAGAAAGGAGACAGCGCAAGAAUGAAGUGUGAAGCUCUAGGGGAUCAACCCUUGUCUGUCUCAUGGCAUAGAGAUGACACUGUCAUAAGCAAAGGUGGAGACGAACGCUAUGAAAUCUUCGAAACAAUGGAACCCAAAGCCAUGGUGUCCGAAUUGAUAAUCAGGACAACAGAUCGUGACGAUGGAGCCCUCUAUUCUUGUGUUACAGAAAAUGAAUUUGGCAGCGACGAACGAAAAAUUCGACUUCUCGUAAUGGAGGUCCCAGCUGCUCCACUGGACGUGAAAAUUAGAGAAAUAUGGAGUCGUAGUUCUAGCGUGUCUUGGGCUCCCCCUUACAGUGGCAAUUCUCCAAUUACUAAAUACAUAGUGCAGUACUGGAGAGAUAUUGGGGGAGCACCUCAUCGACUACUUGAAAUCUCGGCACCAAGUUCUCAGUCCUCAGCUUUGUUGAAGGAUCUGCAUCCGGGCACUUCAUACGUGCUUAAAGUUGUAGCUGAAAAUGCUGUUGGCAGGGGAGAGCCUUCUGAUGCCGCAUACCUUAAAACAGGAGAAGAAGAACCAAACUCGCCACCUGCAGAUAUCAUCGCAGAACCUAGAGGAUCUUCUACAAUCAGAGUCUCAUGGAAGCCUCCUCCUAAAGAUAGCUGGAAUGGACUUCUAAAGGGAUACUAUGUGGGCUACAAAAGUAGGGACUCCAGCCAGCCGUACUCAUACAAGAGCGUUGAUUUCCAGCCAGAUGUACAGCAAGAAUUUUUUCUGACCCAUCUGUUGAAGGCUUCAGAUUACAGCGUCGUAGUGAAAGCUUUCAACGGGGCGGGAAGUGGACCACCGUCACACGAACUUUAUGUCCGAACACUGGAUGGAGAUUUACCUCCAGCUCCUUCUGUGUAUGUCAUAGCCACAUCUGCUACGUCGGUCAGUCUCCGUUGGAAUACACGGAAAAUAGACAAUCCACUUUCAGGAUAUACUGUGCAUUACCGAGAGGACCAAGGGCAAUGGCAAGAAGUUGCGGUUGUUGCCCCAGAAGACAACACAUACACGCUGAGCAACUUACAUCCCCAGAAAAUGUACCAAAUUUAUGUCACAGCGACCAAUCAAUAUGGAAAAGGAGACCCAAGUGAGAUCGUUGCAAUCAAGACUGGAGAAGGAGACGGACACUCCUUGCUGUCAGUAUCUAGUUUGGGACCCAACUCAAGCUAUUUUGACAUGGCAGUCGUCAUUCCUGUAACAUUUUCUUUGUUGACUAUUGGGAUAGUUCUUAUUGUGGCUUGUGUCUGUGUGAAAAAGAUCCGCAGCCGACAUAAUCUUGAAAGAGCACUUGCAGCAGAAAAGCAUCUAGCUAUGGUUGGCACUCUACAACGCUACGUAGACAUUGACAAGACGCGAUCGCUGAUGGAUCCCAACAGAGCAGGACUUUAUCCUCUUCCUUACGAAACGAUUCAGAUGAUGUCUGAAGAUCAAGACAUCGUCAAAGGGCAGCAGGAGCUAAGAGCAUUCAUCAACAAGGAUGGAACGCAAACUUUGUACAAUAAACCAAUGACUUUAAGAAGAACAUCUGACAAUGAACAUAUAUAUGAUAGUGCCCAAUAA